AAUUCGGCAUUUACGUAAGAAACGUAGUCGGGUGGUGGUAGUGUCCGAUCAAGAUCGGUAUACUUUUAAAUUAUUAUUUUGUGGUAAAAAGCACUGAAAAUUGUGCUACCAUGUCUUGGUUUACGGGUGCCGUGGAUUACGUAGAUGAUUGGUUCUUGAUGUCCACACCCUGGCUAUUGUUUUCGAUAUGGUUCACGUACAUCGUUUUCGUGUUGAAAUGUGGGCCCGCCUACAUGUCGAAGAGGCCGGCUUACAAACUCACCAAUGUUUUAGCCAUAUACAAUUUAUUUCAAGUUUUACUAUCCUGCUACAUAGUUUACAUGGGUGUAUGGCACAUGAACACACAGGGAAUAGUAAGUUCGCACUGUGCAAUUGAAGCGAAAGAAACCCAACCUUAUAUGAUGCGUGGCGUAUGGAUAUACUUCGUCGCAAAGAUUACCGAACUGCUCGACACGGUAUUCUUCGUACUGCGAAAGAAGAUGAACCAAGUGUCUUUCCUCCAUGUCUACCACCAUUCUCUCAUGGUUAUCGCCACGUGGUUCGCCUUGAAGUACAAUCCUACGGAUGUCCUUAUAUUCUUAGGGACGCUAAACUCUUUCGUCCAUGUUAUCAUGUAUGGCUAUUAUGGUUUGUCAGCGUAUCCUAGCCUGGCGAAGUAUUUGUGGUGGAAGAAAUAUAUAACUACGUUUCAGUUGAUACAAUUUGGCCUCAUCACUUUACACGCAUUCACUAGCGCCUUCGUGUCAAAAUGCAACACCUCCUUCGUUCUCCUAUUGACUAUUUUCUUCAAUCUCGGUGUAAUGAUAUACCUCUUCAGUGACUUUUACGUUAAAUCGUAUGUAAAAAAAGAUGAGAAAAGUAAAAAAACAAAAAUAGGUUUAGAAAAUCAACCUACCGCCAGUAGUUUAGUUGAUGCACUGUAUGCCACAAAUUGUAGAUCUGUUGAAACUGAGAAAAGUAAAUAAAUGUGAGAAAAUGAGAGAGAGCCUAA